AUGGCCCAUGAGCAUGCGCCAUGGCGCAAAUUAGUGCUCAUUCCCUGCUGGACAUUUCAGCUAUUUUUCCUGCUUGUUGAGAUCAUUCUUCUGGCAGCUGUCCUCAGCUCUCUCGACGUCCUGCCGAAAGAUGUCGGUGCUAGUACGCUGGGAAAGGCUACACAUAUCGGAGUAGCGCUAUGGAUUGCGAUAUGCUCUAUAAUGCUACUUUUCUCGAUUAUUGAGAUCGUUCUCUUGGACUUGAAGCACUUGAAACCCCUUAUCUUUGUUAUUAUGAAUACGUUCAAAACUACUCUCUGGACGGCGUGGUUCUUGAUUGAUAUGGUAUCUUUUGCCAAGUCCAAACCAGAGAUAGUGGCAAUUGUCGGAGCAUCUAUCGAAGGAGUAUUAUUAGCGAGCUUCUGGGUCCCAUUUAUAUACGGAUGCGUUGUCUACCACCGCUGCCGUAAUGAGCAGAAAUCCUACAGACAAGUUCAUAUGUCAGAGCACCAACGCAACUCUUCGCACACUCCGAAAAGCACACUAGCGGAUGUGGAACUUCAAGAACUAUACGAUGACAUACCAGCUGCCCCAGCCGACACAGGAACCCCUCCGACAGCGAGCUAUAAUUAUCAAAGAGCCAACGGGUUCGAGACGUACAGAUAA